CAUUUUCAAAUGAGCCGCAGACCAAAGCGAAUUGCUAACGCGCGUUUGUGCGCAGUUCAGAUACGCGAGUGAGACUCCAGUGGGAUUGCAAAAUUACAAUAAUAAUAAAAAAGACUAAAAUUAAAUUUAAAGUCCGUGCAAUAAAAUUGUGAAAAUCAAAGUGCCAAUUACCAAGCAACAUGGAACGAAUUCUAAGAGGAAUUAUGCGUUAUCGCAACACGACCAGGGAGCAAAUGGUCAAAGAGUUUCAGAAAGUUCGCGACAAUCCAGAGCCAAAGGCCGUAUUUUUCACCUGCAUGGACAGUCGCAUGAUACCCACGAGAUAUACGGACACGCAUGUUGGCGACAUGUUUGUGGUACGUAAUGCGGGAAAUCUGAUACCACAUGCUCAGCACUUUCAGGACGAGUACUUUAGCUGUGAGCCAGCGGCAUUGGAGCUGGGAUGUGUGGUGAACGACAUCAGACACAUCAUCGUUUGUGGGCACAGCGAUUGCAAGGCCAUGAAUCUGUUGUAUCAAUUGCGUGAUCCCGAAUUUGCAUCCAAGCUCAAUCGAAGACUUUCGCCACUGCGAUCUUGGCUGUGUACACAUGCCAACACCAGCUUGGAGAGAUUUCAGGAGUGGUAUGCUGCGGGCAUGAAGGAUCCACUUCUAUUCUCUUCCGAAACACCAUUGCGUCGCUUUGUGGCCUACAUUGAUUUGGAACAUCGAUUUGCACUCGAAGAUAAACUAUCUCAAAUCAAUACCCUGCAACAAAUGUCCAACAUAGCCUCAUAUGGAUUCCUCAAGGCGCGCCUAGAGUCACAUGAUCUGCACAUCCACGCUCUGUGGUUUGACAUCUACACGGGAGACAUUUAUUACUUCAGUCGUGGAGCGAAACGAUUCGUUGCCGUCGAUGAAUCGAGUGUAGAACAAUUGUCGGCCGAGGUGAGACGCUUCUACUCCUAAAGUGCCGAGCGUGGCAUGAGGUCGACGCCUUGAAACAGUUGCCUUGGAUUUAUGUGUCUGUGAUAUGUUCAACAAAAUUGUGGGUCUUAUCUAUACAUAGGUACAAUGUGCUUAAUCUUAUAAAUAUGUAGUAGUUUUCUAUCCAGAAGUGGCAUUUAAGUAUAAAACUAUGUUUAAUUGUUAGCGUUUUAUAUUAAGAAAUGUUUGUUUUUUUUUUACAUGUGUAUAGUAUGUGUUUGUUUUCUGUAUAUAAACUUAAGGGUUAUAAUAUUAAACUUUAAAGCUUAUAAAUGUAGGAAAAAUCAACGCUCAUACCUCUACGAUACAUAUGGAGAUGUUGUUGGCUUUAUAUAUUGUGUAUUGUAUUGGAUGUAUGUAUAUGUAGUAAAUUUAUAUUAUGGGAAGCAAUACGAUUAUAAGGCGCGUUAAGGGCGCUUCGAUGUGCAACAACAAACCAUGUGUGUUUCUCGAAACUAAAAAACAAAAAACCGAACAGUAACAAAGAGAUAAGACAGUCACAGUCAUUUUCUCAUGACUCCAUCAGUGGAACAUAUGGUUCUGAUGGUUCAUGGCAAUGUUAUUUGGAUUCUCCAACUCUUCAAAGUACUUGCGCGCAUUGCGUAUGUUGACCAGCGUCGCCUCCGAUGGCAGGGUGGGAUCUGACAUGACCACCAUAACGUAUGUGUUGCUGGUGAAGGUAUCAAUGAAUGCGGCAAAUGCAUUAUUUCGCACCUCCAUCGACUGGAACUUGGCACCCAGUUUGGAGCAGCUUAGCUUGAAUUGCUUGAUAAUGUUCGACACCUUCUCAAACCGAUGUGAGUCGCGAUUCUCCUUGCUCUGGCAGUGUGAGAUCACCAAGAAUGUUGCUUUCUCAAACAACAACACUUCAUCCGCCUCAAUCACAGUAGCAAAGUGGCUCAGCGAGUUCUCCAGCGCAGCAACAUUUGGUAUCAACAUAGUGACAAUGGAGGACCAGGCUCUGCAUACAAUUAAAAAGCUUAUAACUGAAUUCUAUAAAAAUGAAUUUAACCGUUUACUUGUAUAAAGUCUCGUCCCAGAUGCUGGUGCGAAAGCAUGUGACAUUGCCUGGCCUGGACAAGCGUAUGAGAUCUUCUUCACGCUCCUUGAACACGUUCUCGCGAUGCUCCUCAGCCACCAAAUCCAUUUUGUGCACCAGACAAAAGAUCUUGGCUUCAGGUGAAUUCUGUAGCAAAGCCUCCAGACAACUCUGAUAGUAGUGAACAUCGCGCUCCAUCUCCUGGCUCUCGACAUCAAAUACAUAGAUCAGGACCUCCACAUUUCGAAAGAUAUU